AUGGAUCUGGCCGCAAAAGACGACCGCAAUCCCCCGUGGAUCCAGACCCGAAAUCAGGAAGCAGGGGAGCAGCAAGCCGGGCUGGUUACCAUGGCGAUGACCGCCGGGACCACAGCCCCCUUCCCCAUGAGCAGCCACACCCGGGAGAGAGUGACGGUGGCCAAGCUGACGUUAGAGAACUUCUACAGCAAUCUCAUCCUGCAGCACGAGGAGAGAGAGACCAGGCAGAAGAAACUGGAAGUCGCCAUGGAGGAAGAAGGACUGGCUGAUGAGGAGAAAAAGUUGCGUCGGUCUCAGCACGCCCGAAAGGAGACUGAAUUUCUACGCCUCAAAAGGACCCGGCUUGGCUUGGACGACUUUGAAUCUCUGAAAGUGAUAGGGAGAGGGGCCUUCGGAGAGGUGCGCCUCGUCCAAAAAAAGGAUACGGGUCAUAUCUAUGCAAUGAAGAUACUGAGAAAGGCCGACAUGCUCGAAAAGGAGCAGGUAGCCCAUAUCAGAGCAGAGCGAGAUAUUUUGGUCGAAGCAGAUGGUGCCUGGGUGGUGAAGAUGUUUUACAGUUUCCAAGAUAAAAGGAAUCUUUACCUGAUCAUGGAAUUUCUCCCAGGAGGCGACAUGAUGACUUUACUCAUGAAAAAGGACACCCUGAAGGAAGAGGAAACUCAGUUCUACAUUUCCGAGACCGUCUUGGCUAUCGACGCCAUCCAUCAGCUGGGCUUCAUCCACCGAGACAUCAAACCCGACAACCUGUUGCUGGACGCCAAGGGCCACGUCAAAUUGUCCGAUUUCGGCCUGUGCACGGGUUUAAAGAAGGCCCACAGGACUGAAUUCUACAGGAACCUAACACAUAAUCCGCCCAGUGAUUUCUCCUUUCAGAAUAUGAACUCCAAGAGGAAAGCAGAAACCUGGAAAAAGAACAGGCGACAACUGGCCUACUCUACCGUGGGAACGCCGGAUUACAUCGCUCCGGAAGUAUUCAUGCAGACGGGCUACAACAAGCUCUGCGACUGGUGGUCGUUGGGAGUGAUCAUGUAUGAGAUGCUCAUAGGCUACCCCCCCUUCUGCUCAGAAACGCCCCAAGAAACCUAUCGGAAAGUGAUGAACUGGAAAGAAACCCUGGUGUUUCCCCCAGAGGUGCCUAUCUCUGAGAAAGCUAAAGAUCUCAUUCUAAGAUUUUGCGUUGAUUCCGAAAAUAGAAUUGGAAGCGGUGGAGUGGAAGAAAUAAAAGGCCAUCCGUUUUUUGAAGGCGUGGACUGGGGACACAUCAGGGAAAGACCGGCUGCAAUUCCCAUAGAAAUCAAAAGCAUCGAUGACACUUCGAACUUCGAUGAGUUUCCCGAGUCUGAUAUUUUACAGCCCGUGCCCAACAGCACCGAGCCGGACUACAAAUCUAAGGACUGGGUUUUCCUCAAUUACACGUACAAGAGGUUCGAAGGGCUGACUCAACGCGGCUCCAUCCCUUCCUACAUGAAAUCCGGGAAGCUCUGAAGGGCCGGAUACCCGCCCGAUCCCGGGAAGAACUCAGGACUCAGGUAGCCGGUGGCGGCCCCGGGCCUCGCUCGGCCCGCUUAGCAAGACACUGAACUAGCCCCGGAGACCGGACACGGCGGCUCCCGCGAGCAAUCCCGCGGGCCUAGGGUUUCGAAGACUACUACGGGAAUCAGUUGGCAGUGCCGGCUGGCUUCUUUUUGUGUUUUUUUUUUUCCAAUAUUUGACUAUUUUUGUUAACUUUAUUAGACAGAGGUACUGGAAUAAAAGCACCGUAGACAUCC